AUGAAGUCUGCUAAGUCUUUGUCAUCAAUUGUGAGAGAGGAAGAAAAUAUCUCUGGAGAUGACGGAGACGACAAGGACAAAGAUGACGAGGGCUCAAAACUAGGAGAUGACAACUCCUCCGAUGAGGACCUUGAGGAUCGUCCUACGGCAAUAUCUUCAGAUUCAAAAACCGAUACUGAGCCUACAGGGCCCAUCCGAAUGGAGAUUCCGGACAAAGCACCUUCAACCAUGCAACCCCAACCAUCUCUUUUGUUUAUCCAUGAAGAUCUCAUCCAGCUGAAGGAUACAAACCUCUCAUCGUCAAGCUUGUCAGCGACGAGUGGGUCCCCUUCAGGUUCGAUCAAUCCACCGAUUGUACCUCACACUUCAUCAUUCGGUCCUCUUCGAUUUGGGAUUUCUACUCACAAGUUUCCCACAUCUACUGCUCCCUUGCCAUCAAAAGGUGCACCCUUCCAUGUUUUGACGGCCAACUUGUUCUCCUCAAGACAUCAAGCCAACGUCUCCAACCUAGUUAUCUUGGCAGACAACCUCCUUAAUAAAUUGAAGGAUGGCAUCAAAAACAAACAUAUGGAGAAUACCCUCAAUGUCAACGACUAUCAACUCCCCAUCGAGUAUCAUGAUACCCAUCAACUCCAAACCACCACCAGUGGCACUACUGCAACCCUGGAUCUAAGUUUGCUCGACCACAACUUCAAGCUCCUCCAAAACUUACAAUCACUUGGUGAGGAAGGCCAACUCAUUGCCCCCUCUUCUGAAGCCAUACGUGAUGCCCUCAUUGAGCUGGACCGCAACCUCUCACUCACUCCUGAGCAGGAAAUCGUGGCCAAGACUCACUGGCCUUCCCAAGCUCUUGAAUCACUAUCCAACCUUGUUGUGCUCAACCCACUUCUAGGAGUGGACAGGAAUAAGAUGCCAUUUUACAAGGUGCUAGGAAUAGUCUUGGCUUCAGUAUAUUAGCAAUGGAAAAGGCCAUCCACCAUUUUACUAAGUCGUCAACAGGGAAUCCAUUUGAGCCAACUACACCAAAAUGACGGGCGAAUGCAAGACUAUGAAGGAGGACCUUAUUGGUUUCAAAGCAAGGGAAGAAGCUCGCCAAACCAAGAUAGCCGGACUGGAGAAAUAGCUGGCCAAGAUUCGUGUAGAGGCUGCCAAAGACCAAGCUCAAUUUGUCCCCAUGUCUCAAAACUUCCAAAAGCUAUUGGGGGAGGCUCUUGGCCUCAAAGAAACGAUGGGCUCAAUCACACCUAUGGCACAGCUAGCUCAUGAGAAGGAACAUGCCCUCUUUCUGUACAAUACCCAUCUUGCUACUUUCCUCAAGCUGCAAAACAUUGUCAAAAAAGCUCUCCGCCAUAUGCAAUAAUCCAACUUUGUUUUCGUGGAUUUUUUUAUCUUGCUUUCGUGAUUUGAAACAGUCGGCUUAGCCAUGG